CCCCUGCACUGUGAGACCGGAUUGGUUGAUCCCACCCACUCAGGCUCUUUCGCGUUGUACCUUCUGGCCUCGCUCGGCUUCCGUCCUUUCACCUCGAGCCUCUGCCGACAUGGCUAAGAUCAAGGCCCGCGACCUGCGAGGGAAGAAGAAGGAGGAGCUGCUGAAGCAGCUGGAUGACCUGAAGGUGGAGCUGUCCCAGCUGCGGGUGGCCAAGGUGACUGGCGGAGCCGCCUCCAAGCUGUCCAAGAUCCGGGUUGUCCGCAAAUCCAUUGCCCGAGUGCUGACUGUCAUCAACCAGACCCAGAAAGAGAACCUGAGGAAAUUUUACAAAGGCAAAAAGUACAAGCCUCUUGACCUACGGCCGAAGAAGACUCGUGCCAUGCGCCGCAGAUUAAAUAAGUACGAAGAAAGUUUGAAGACCAAAAAACAGCAGCGAAAAGAGCGCCUGUACCCUGUCCGGAAGUUUGCUGUUAAGGCAUAAACCUUUUGCAUACUAUGGAUCUGUCAGCUUUUUCUCAUUAAACAUCAAGUUGUUUGGAAACUGA